AUGCCGGACGCAGAUCCAGAACCGCAGGAGCAUCCUUCCGGACUUCAUGGCCCGGAUUGCGAGUGUGAGCACUGCGAGAUGCUGAUGCUGAGAUUCAUGGCCAAAAACCUGCAGACCAAGGGCAUCCGCUUCAAAUGCAAGCUUUCCGGCGCGCUCUUCCAGUCCAAGGCGGCCGCGGCGGCUCACUUCAGAAAGAACCGCGCGGUCGAGCUUCAAGCGUUCAAGAAGGCAAAGAUGCCCUCCCUGUUCCAGAUUGGCCCAUCCAAGGAGCAGCUGGCCGCGAUCGCCCGUCAGAAGGCAUUUGCCAGGGAUUGCGUCCUGGGGAAGAGGCCGGUGGAUGAGGACUGGAGCUUCGGUGGUUGGGCGAAGAAGGAGAAGCCGCUUCCUCCUCCUUGCGAGACCCCCGAGUACGAGGGCAUGAUGAACGCGCCAGUCUUUACCGCGCCCCCGUGGGAAGGACAGGCGAAGCCCACAGACGAUGACGCGACGGAGAUUGACAAGGAAAUCGACCAGCGUGUCAAUCAGGCGCAGACCUUGCGCUUCUGCAAACGCAACGUGCUGGAAGUGAAGAAGGACCAGGUGCGAUGCAAGCUCUGCUACAAGACGCUGCCCAACACCUUUGCAUGCGAGGAGCAUAUCGUCAAGGAGCAUGAGGACGACUUUCAGAAGGAGCAGAAAAUCUGGGAGCGCUUCCUCUUCACUGUCUGCAAGAGGCAACCGCCUUUCGGGUGGCAGUGCAAGAUUUGCUCGAUCUUCUUCGCUUCGGAUGGGGCCUGUUGGCGCCAUGUGGGCAAGGAGGUGUACAUCAGGCCGGGAGUGCUUGGGCCAAGUAAAAAAAGGGGCCUCUGGGUUCCAGGAUGUUGGGAGAUGAGUCUUCGCAACCCUGGAAAGCAGAAGCCCUGCCUGUCAAGACGGCAUCGGACCUAUAUAAACCCUCCGGGCACGCCCGAAGUCUUUCGCGCGUGGCCAGCACGGCGGAAGAAUGAAGUGAGCUACUUGGAGGUUCAUGGGUAG